AUGAGCUUCAAGGGGAGAAACCCGACCGUGCUGCGGAGGGGAGCCGGGGCCCGCUUCUGCGCCCGCCCGAGACCCGAUUCCGCGCCAGGCCCGGACGACAAGGUGGACAUGUCUCUGGACGACAUCAUCAGGCUCAACCGGAACCGCGACGGCGCGGGCUUCCAGGGUCGCGGCGGUGGCGGCGGGCCGGUCCGGAACCGGGCGGCGCUGGGCCGAGCCCAGGGCAGGAGGCGGCCGGCGCCCUACAGCAGGCCCCAGCGGCGCCCGGGCCAGGGGCAGCGCGACCUGCUGGGCGGCAGCGCCGGGGCCCGCGGCCGCGGGGGGCCGGGCGGGAAGCUGCUGGUGUCCAACCUGGACUUCGGGGUGUCGGACGCGGACGUCCAGGCGCUGUUCGCCGAGCUGGGGACGCUGAGGCAGGCGGCCGUGCACCACGACCGCGCGGGCCGCAGCCUGGGCUCGGCCGUGGUGCACUUCCAGCGGGAGGCGGACGCCCUGCGGGCCAGGGAGCAGUACGACGGGGUCCCCCUGGACGGCCGCCCCAUGGACAUUCAGCUCGUCGCAUCCCAGCUGGACGCACAGCGCAGACCCGCGCACAGCAAUAGCGGAGCUGCGGGGCCCGGAAAACGCGGGUGCGGGGGCUUGGGCGGUGUCCGCAGAGGUGCCCGCGGGGGCGGCCGGGCCUGGGGCUCCAAGCAGCAGCUUUCUGCAGAGGAGCUGGACGCGCAGCUGGACGCCUACGCCAGCACCUGCAAGCAGUAG